CCACACAGCCCGUUCGUCUCUGCACACCAGGACCAGCCACCGCUGAAGCAUGAGUUCGCAGCAGCAGAAGCAGCCUUGCGCCCCACCCCCUCAGCCUCAGCAGCAGCAGGUGAAACAGCCUUGCCAGCCUCCACCCCAGGAGCCCUGCCACCCCAAGGUGCCUGAGCCCUGUCAUCCCAAGGUGCCUGAGCCCUGCCACCCCAAGGUGCCUGAGCCUUGCCCCUCAACGGUCACUCCAGCACCAGCCCAGCAGAAGACAAAGCAGAAGUAACAUGGUCCACAGCCAUGCCCUUGAGGAGCCAACCACCGAAUGCUGAGCCCCCAUUCCACUCUGCUUUUGAGUCCCAUUUGCCUGUUGACUUUGCAAUUAGCAUGCUAUCACCCGAAAACAUGUGCUAUGAAGCUUUCCUUCCUACAUACUCUGAGCCUCUGAAUUAAGCUGAA